AUUUCCAGAAAUAAAAGAAGGAAAAACAUUUUUCCCUUGUUACUAUCCCACUGUAUUUAAUCUCAGCUUCCUUUAAUUGUAAAAAACCCUAGAAGGGUUCUUGUAAGAACCAAUAGCCGCCGCCGGAUUUGAUCUCAACCGUUAACUUUUUCUCUCUAUAUUUCACGUUUCUUUUAACUCUUUUCUUUGAUCUGAGCUUCAAAAACAAAACUUCCUCCUUUCCGAACUAUCCUACUUUAUUUUUAAUUAUGGUUGUUUCUGGUUUUACUUGGAAAACAUGGUGUUCUUAUCUGUUUUUUGUUGAUUAAUUUUACGUUAGCAAAGCUUGAAGAAAUUUUAAUUUUGGGUGCUUUUGAUUUCUUAGUUCCGAUACAUUGUGGAAUGAAUUUUUUUUUGCUAUUUAUGAGUUCAGGGUGAUUAAAAAUUUGACCUUUGACCCUUUUGAUAGCUUAAAGUUAGCAUCUUUGAAGUUUGUAAAUAUGGGUUUUAGGUGAAUUAGUGUAGAAAAGUUUUGGUUUUCCGGGUUCAAUAUCUAAUUGUUGAUUUUGGGUAGUGCUCAUUUUUGGGAGUUCUGAUAAAGGUUAAUGAUCAAUUAGGAAUUUGAGAAUGCUAUCUGAAUUGGGUAGGAGACCAAUGUUAGGAAGUGGCGAAGGAUCAUUUGGGGAUGAUUUGGAGGCGGGGAUGGAGCUAUUGCUCCGUGAACAGCGUAGUAAGCAAGACGCUGAUGAUCUCGAACGAGAGCUGAAUUUGUAUAGAAGUGGCUCUGCACCUCCUACCGUGGAGGGUUCACUGAGUGCAGUCGGCGGGUUGUUUGGGGGUGGAGCCACUAUCGCUGCUGGUACUGCUGCUGGUACUGGGGCUACUGCUUUUUCAGCUUUUGCUGGAGCUAAAAAUGGAAAUGGUUUUGCAUCUGAGGAAGAGCUUAGGUCUGAUCCAGCUUACCAUUCAUACUAUUACUCAAAUGUGAAUCUCAACCCGAGGCUCCCGCCUCCUUUGCUUUCCAAGGAGGAUUGGAAGUUUGCACAAAGGUUGAAAGGAGGGAGUUCAGUGAUAGGUGGGAUUGGAGAUAGGAGGAAAGUGAAUAGGGCUGAUAAUGGUAGCGGUAGGUCGCUGUUUUCGAUGCCACCAGGGUUUGAUUCCAGGAAACUAGAGAAUGAAAUAGAAGCAGAGAAAGUGCAUAACUCAGCAAACUGGGGUGGUGAUGGACUGAUUGGUUUGUCUGGUAUAGGACUUGGAAGCAAACAGAAAAGCCUCGCUGAAAAUUUUCAGGCCGAUUUGGGACACUCUUCUCCUGUCACAAGGAUACCGUCUCGCCCUGCUAGUCGUAAUGCUUUUGAUGAGAACUUCGAGAAUUUUGUUUCUGCUGAAUCUGAUCUGGCUCAUUUGCGCCAUGAACUAGCUUCUGUGGAUGCUUUAAGGUCAAGUGUGAGUGUUCAAGGUUCAUCUGCAGUCCAUAUCACCGGGCCACCUUCUUCUUACACUUAUGCUGCUGCAGUAGGCACUUCCUUGUCUAGGAGUACAACUCCUGAUCCCCAACUUGUUGCAAGGGCUCCUAGUCCUUGUUUGACACCAAUUGGAGGAGGCAGAGUUGGUAACUCAGACAAAAGAAACAUAAAUAGUCCAAGCACGUUUGGUGGUGUCUCAUCAGGUGUCAGUGAGUCUGCAGAUCUGGUUGUUGCUUUGUCAGGCAUGACCCUGUCAUCAAAUGGUGCACCAGAUGAAGAUAAUAGGUUACCAUCCCAGACUGAACAAGAUGCUGAAAAUAGCCAAAAUUAUUUGUUCAGUUUGCAAGAUGGUCAGAAUUAUAUCAAACAGCAGGCAUACUUGAAGAAGUCUGAAUCUGGCCAUUUAGAUAUGCCUUCGGCUAAGAAAAAUAGGCGAGCUGAGUUCCAGAAACCUGCUGCCUCCUCAAACAAUUCUUACUUGAAAGGAUCUCCUACUUCCACUCUCAAUGGUGGAGGCAGCUUACCUGCUCAGUAUCAGCAUGGUGAUGGUGCAAAGUCAUCAAUUCCAAACUAUGGAAUAAGUGGUUUCUCUUUAAAUCCUGGUUUAGCCUCUAUGAUGGCUAGCCAACUUGGGACUGGUAAUCUGCCAGCUGCAUCAGCUAUACCAGUCCCUGGGAUGGACUCAAGAGUGUUUGGGGGAGGUUUGGGUUCUGGACAGAACAUUUCAAGUGCUGUAUCUGAGUCGCCUAAUCUGGGGAGAGUUGGAAGCCAAAUAGCUGGGAAUGCUCUGCAGGCACCUUUUGUUGAUCCUAUGUAUCUUCAGUAUUUGAGGACAUCUGAUUAUCCUGCAGCACAGCUUCCAGCUUUUAAUGAUCCCUGUAUGAAUAGGAACUUCCUAGGUGAUUCCUACAUGAACUUGCUUGAGCUGCAGAAGGCAUACUUCGGGUCUAUGCUAUCACCACAGAAAUCUCAGUAUGGUGUUCCAUUGGGAACAAAAUCUGGUGGUUCUAAUAUUCAUGGUUUUUAUGGAAAUUCCACCUUUGGAGCUGGCAUGUCGUAUCCUGGAAGUCCCUUAGCAAAUACGUUUAUUCCAAACUCUCCAGUUGGACUUGGUAGUCCUAUCAGACACACUGACCUGAAUAUGCGAUUUCCUUCUGGGACGAGGAAUCUUACUGGGGGUGUCACGGGACCCUGGCAUUUGGAUGCAGGAUAUAACCUGGAUGAGAGCUUUGCCUCCUCCCUACUUGAAGAGUUUAAGAGCAAUAAAACAAAGUGUUUUGAGCUUUCAGAAAUUUCUGGUCAUGUUGUUGAGUUCAGUGCGGAUCAGUAUGGAAGCCGUUUUAUUCAGCAAAAACUUGAAACAGCUACACCUGAAGAGAAAAAUAUGGUUUAUGAGGAAAUCAUGCCUCAAGCUCUUGCUUUGAUGACUGAUGUGUUUGGUAAUUAUGUCAUUCAAAAGUUUUUUGAACAUGGACUUCCAGCUCAGAGAAGAGAACUUGCUUGCAAGCUUUUAGGUCAUGUUUUAUCACUCAGUCUUCAAAUGUAUGGUUGCCGAGUGAUUCAGAAGGCCAUAGAGGUUGUUGAUCUGGAUCAGAAGAUUAACAUGGUUCAUGAGCUUGAUGGUAGUGUUAUGCGUUGUGUACGAGACCAGAACGGCAACCAUGUCAUCCAGAAAUGUAUCGAAUGUGUUCCUGAGGAAAACAUUCAAUUUAUAGUCUCAACAUUUUUUGAUCAAGUUGUGACGCUUUCCACUCAUCCUUAUGGGUGCCGAGUUAUACAGAGAAUAUUGGAGCACUGCAAGGACCCAAAGACACAGAGUAAGGUUAUGGAUGAGAUUUUAGGAUCUGUUAGCCUGUUGGCCCAAGACCAGUAUGGCAAUUACGUUGUCCAGCAUGUGCUGGGGCAUGGAAAACCUCAUGAACGCUCAAUCAUCAUUAAGGAGCUAGCUGGGAAGAUUGUCCAGAUGAGUCAGCAGAAGUUUGCAUCUAAUGUUGUCGAGAAGUGCUUAACUUUUGGUGGCCCUGCUGAACGUCAGUUAUUGGUGAAUGAAAUGCUUGGUUCUACUGAUGAGAAUGAGCCUCUUCAGGCAAUGAUGAAGGAUCAGUUUGCAAACUACGUUGUACAGAAAGUACUAGAGACUUGUGAUGACCAGCAACGCGAGCUGAUUCUUUCUCGAAUUAAGGUCCAUUUAAACGCAUUGAAGAAGUACACUUACGGGAAGCAUAUUGUUGCGCGUGUAGAGAAACUUGUUGCUGCUGGAGAGAGGAGAAUUGCUGCUCAGUCUGUGCACCCUUCUUAAAUCGGUGUAGGAAAGAGACAUGUUUGUACAGCUAACAGAAUCUAUGUGAAGCUUUCCCUUCUUCCCCCCAUAUGUAGGGUCAUGGUUCUUCUACCUAUCUUCUUAGACAGGUAAGUAAGAACUGUAUGAAAAUAAAGUUGUUGCUUGCCUUGUACCAGGAAAAAAAACUGUACAUUGUGUAGCUUAAGGGUUUAUACAUAGAAAUGGAGCCAAAGCUGAGAGUUUCAGCUGUUGCAAUAGAACUGAUGAUGCCCCCCCCCCUCUUGCCAGAGUAGAUUAAAGAUUUUAUACGAGUUUCUUAAAAGGUGUAAAAAUUUUCUAAAAUGGUAAUGUAGUUUAUAUGAAUAUAACGUGACUGUACAAAAUCUUGGCAUGUUGUGAAGAGCUCUUUAUGUUCAAUGACAUUUACUCUUUCUUUUAUUUUA